AUGGCUGGAGAGGCGGUGGACGCCGUUCAAGAGCUGAAACUGGCCGCCGUGCUGGACGCUCGAGACGAGCAGCGCCGGUGGGAGGAGGAAGAGGAGGAAGAGGAGGAGGAAAUGGGGGAACUGGAAGAGAGCGAGGAGGAAGAGAAGGUCGGUUUGACCAGCGCUGAUACCUCACCCGAGGCAGGGAGCGCGGGCGCGGGCGCGGGGAAGCGGUGGGUGUGCGGGCCGCGCGUGGAGGCGGUGAUGCGCAGCAAGGUGGCGCGGCUGGUGAAGCCGGACAUGCUGCUGGCCCUGCAGGAGCUGCAGCGCCAACAGCAAUGGCGCCUGGCCGCGCGGGGAGCACUGGUAAGGAUGGAAUGCCCGCCUGCUCGCCCACCUACACUGCGCUGCUCGCCGCUCACUGCGGCUCCGCAUUGCUUUCCCACCUCCCACCCCCCAUGCCACCUGCAUUUCUCUCAGGUGUUUGAGCACGUGCGCACGGAGCACUGGUACAAGCCCGACGCGGACCUCUGUGCGCGCAUGAUCAACUGCCUGGGGCUGGCCGGCCGCAUCACCGACGCACAGGCGCUCUUCCAGGCCACACAGGACGAGGACGGCAUGCCCCCCUGCUCGCCCACCUACACUGCCCUGCUCGCCGCUCACUGCCGCUCCGGGGACCACAGGAGCGGCCGGGAGGUGCUGGGAAGGAUGAGGGAGGCACGGGCGGGGCCGUAUGAUGCGGCGUACAUGAUUCUGAUCAAGACGUGUGAGGCGCAGGGGGAUGCGGGGGCAGCAGCGGAGUUGAAGCAGGAGCGAGAUGUGGUGCUGGCAGAGUGGGGGCAGUUGGGGCUGCCUAAACCCCCAAGGCGCUCAAAGAAGAUGUAG